CCCCGGCGACCUUGGAAUCCGAACCUUCCCGGAGCGGCUCGGGCCGCGCGAUGGCGACUGCGGCGGAGACCAAGGCCUCUCAGCGGAGCAACGCGGGCGGGCCGGGCGGCGGCGGCGGCGGCGGCGACGACGAGAUGAAGCAGUCGUUUCCGGAGCUGGAGCCGUCCCCACAAAAUGGCGGCGGCGGCGGCCGCCUCAGCAUCGCGGAGCUCGGCGGAGCGGCGGGGCCUGAGGAGACCGCGGCCGCGGCCGGGGCCAGCCCGGGCCUCGGCCACGAGCAGCCUCAAGGCGCCUCCGAGGCGGGCGCGGCGCCUCCGCCCAAAGGCCCGGAAGAGCCCGAAAGACCCGUUAGGAGGAGUUUUCAGAUCCCCAGGAAGAGCAGAGAAAAGAAAGCACUUUUCCAGCCAUUAACUCCUGGCUCUCGAGAAUUUGAAGAUGUCUUAAAUAUUCUGCGUUCGUCUUACCUUGAACCAACCUCUGUAACAAAUUUUAACUACAAACGUGCUUGCUUGAUACACAAUGAACUUUUGGAAAAGGAGUUUACAGAAAAGCGAAGAGAGCUGAAAUUUGAUGGUCGUUUAGAUAAAGAACUUUCAGAAUCCUAUGCGUUUCUCAUGGUUGAUCGAUAUCAGGUUCAAAGUGUGUGUGAAAAAGGAGUACAGGUGGGCCAUUCCAAAAUAACAAUUCUUGGAAAUCCUUCCAUGGGUGUUUAUCUUUCUAGAUAUGCUGAUUUAUUACAAGCUAAUCCUUUGGAAGCUGGGACAAUGGGUGAUGUUGUUAUUUUUAAAAUAAUGAAGGGUAAAAUAAAGAGUAUUUAUGAUCCCAUGGGUGUAAAAAAUUUGGAAUCUAUGUUAAGUAAAAGUGCUUUGGACCCAACACCAAAACAUGAAUGCCACAUGUCGAAAAAUGCCAAUAGAAUAACAUCACUUUUGGCUUAUAGAGCCUAUGAGCUUACUCAGUAUUAUUUUUAUGAGUAUGGCUUUGAUGAGUUAAAGAGAAGACCAAGACAUGUGUGUCCAUAUGCAGUUGUGUCUUUUACUUACAAAGAUGAUAUACAGUCGCUGAAGUUUGCAUCUUCAAUAAGAUCCAGUAGCUUUAAUGCAGAUAGAAACACAGAUAAAUUUAACUAUACCUUGUGGAAAGGACAGCUUCUAAAUAAAGGAAAGCUUUUGUGUUAUGUUUUUCUGCGAUCAGCUACUCGGGCAUCUUUGCCUAUCAAACUUCCUGAGAAGCUUGAUGUUGAAGCAGUUAUGAGUAUUGAUCAUCUAAAACAAAAAAUCCCUCCAGCGCUAUUUUAUAAGGAAACAUACGUAGGUCCAAAUGAAGUUUUGAAGAAUGGAAUGUAUUGCAGCCUUUAUGAAGUUGUAGAAAAGACAAGGUUUGGAAGUAACAUGGAGAACUUACUACAAAAUCUGGAGAAAGAAAAACUUGUUCUUGUUAAACCUUUGGAAGACCGAGGAUACCUCUUUCUUCUCUCUUCAUGCCAGAUGGUAUCUCCAUAUGAUCAUCAAACUGUCAAGUCUCGAGCACUGCAUGCUUUGUUUCUGUUUCAAGAACCCAGAAGCAUAAUUACUUCACCAAAAGGUUCAACCAGUGCACCACCACAGGAAAGACACGAGAACAUGCAAGAUAUAUUAAAAAUUACACAGUUUUUACAGUUUGCUUUGAUUCAGUGUCGAAAGGAAUUUAAAACUAUAAAUACCAUAAAUUUUCAUUCUGUUGUUGAAAAGUAUGUAAGUGAAUUUUUUAAGCGAGGUUUUGGCUCAGGUAAACGAGAAUUCAUUAUGUUUCCAUAUGAUUCACGUUUAGAUGAUAAAAAAUUCUUACAUUCAGCUCCAAAAAAUAAAUCCCAUUUAGAUAAUUGUUUGCACACCUAUAUUUUUCGACCUGAAAUGUAUCAGUUAGCUACAUGUAAAUUAAAGGAACUAUUUGAAGAAAAUAGGAAACUUCAAGAGUUCAGUCCACUUUCAGAUUAUGAAGGCCACGAAGAAGAAAUUAAUGGUUCAAAAAUGAAAUUUGGAAAACGAAACAACUCAAGGGGUAAAACUAUUAUACCUGGAAAACAGAAGUCAUCUCAUUCUUUAGAUUAUGAUAAGGAUAGAGUCAAAGAAUUGAUUAAUUUGAUUCAGUGUAGGAAAAAAAAUGUGGGUGGAGACUCAGAUACAGAAGAUACUAGAAGCAAAACUGUCUUGAAGAGGAAGCUUGAAGAUCUACCAGAGAACAUGAGAAAACUCGCCAAAACCAGUAAUUUAUCUGAGAACUGCCGUCUGUAUGAAGAAUCCCCUCAGCCUCUUGGCUUACUUGAGCAUGAGAGUGACUUGAGACAGCAACAGGAAGAUUCCUCUAACUCGGGCAUUGCUGAUAUCCAUAAACUGUUUAAUUGGCUGUCCGAAACACUUGCAAAUGCACGCCAUUCUGAUGCCACCCUGACAGACACAGUCAACAAAGCUUUAGGAUUGAGCACUGAUGAUUCUUAUGAAGAAUUGAGACAAAAACAUGAGUAUGAAUUGAACUCUACUCCAGAUAAGAAGGAUUAUGACCCACUUGCUUGUGGGAAAACUGAAAAUGUACAUUUUAAGGGUACUCAGAGUCCCUUGCUAGAAGUUGAUACAUCAUCUUUAAAGUAUCCUGUUACUGUUUGUACCAGUGAAGUAGGAGGUGACUCUACACUACACUUGAAUAAAGAUCCAAGUUCAAUUAAUGUGAAUAAUUUUGAAGAUUGCAGUGUAUGUCCAACUGUAUCCAUUGACCAUAGAGCCCAUAAACAAUCUAAGUCAAAUAAUGUCGAAGAGACUGAAAUACACUGGAAACUUAUUCCAAUUACAGGAGGGAAUACAAGAAGUCCAGAAGACCAUCAGGGAAAAUAUGGUGAAAAGCAAACAUCAGGUAUGAAAUCACCAGAAGAGCAACUGGUGUGUCUGCCACCACAGGAGACCUUUCCUAACGACCCCCGUGUAAUAAGUAGACAAAGAAAUUCUGAUUACCAGUUCCCAUCCUCUCCAUUUACAGACACACUGAAAGGUACCACUGAGGAAGACAUGUCAACAGGUCAGGUGAAGACAGUGGAGGAACAGUGUGUGCCAGCAGCAGAGUCUCCUGCAGUGAGUGAAACCACAGAGAGGACUGUGUUAGGAGAGUAUGAUAACUUUUCUAGGAAGAUAGAAGAGAUUUUGAAACAAAAGAAUGUUUCUUAUGUCAGUAGAAUUUCCCCACCUGUCUUUUCACCACAGAAGAUGAGACCACUUUCAGAAUUCAUAUAUUCCAAGACUUCCAAAGCUGGUGUGCAGGAGUUUGUAGAUGGCUUGCAUGAGAAACUAAAUUCUAUUAUUAUUGAAGAAUCAGCCAAGGGUGGGAAUUUGCCACCAGUCAGUCCUAAAGAUUCUGGUACUAAGAUAACACAGAAUACUUUUGGAAGGCAUGUCCUACCAGUAUCUUCAAACAACUUCAACAAUAAACAGUUCAUCGAUCCACAUUAUAGUGAAACUUUCAAAGACACCAACUCAAGUGACCAGCAUUCCUGUUCAACUUUUGGUUUGACCGAAAUAGAUAUGAACCUGUCACACCAUGCCACAGAGCUAAUGGUGACUUCUGACCACACUGUACCUGGUGAUAUUGUCCGGGAACCUACAGAAAAAGAAACAGUAAAAUCACCCAGUGAUGUAAACAUUUCUUCCCAACCAGCUUUUUCAAAUUUUAUAAGUCAGUUAGAACCUGAAGUAUUUAACAGUUUGGUUAAAAUCAUGAAAGAUGUCCAGAAGAAUACUGUGAAAUUUUAUAUUCACGAAGAAGAAGAGAGUGUGCUCUCUAAAGAAAUAAAGGAAUAUCUUAUAAAAUUAGGCAAUACAGAAUGUCAUCCAGAACUAUUUUUGGAAAGAAGAUCAAAAUUAGAUAAACUAUUGAUUAUUAUUCAAAAUGAAGACAUUGCAGGUUUCAUUCACAAGGUACCUGGAUUGGUGACUUUAAAGAAACUCUCCUGUGUUAGUUUUGCUGGUGUUGAUAGUCUGGAUGAUGUUAAGAACCACACAUACAAUGAAUUGUUUGUAUCUGGAGGCUUUAUUGUGUCUGAUGAAACCAUCCUAAAUCCAGAAGUUAUCACAAUUGAGAGCCUUAAAAAAUUUUUAAUAUUCCUUGAAGAACUUAGUACUCCAGAAGGAAAAUGGCAGUGGAAAAUCCAUUGUAAAUUUCAGAAAAAACUAAAGGAACUAGGCAGAUUGAAUGCUAAAGCUUUAAGUCUGUUGACUCUUCUGAAUAUCUAUCAGAAGAAACAUUUGGUUGAAAUUUUAUCAUACCACAAUUGUGAUUCACAAACUCGAAACGCUCCAGAAUUAGACUGUCUUAUCAGACUUCAGGCUCAGAACAUCCAGCAACGGCACAUUGUCUUUUUAACAGAAAAGAAUGUUAAGAUGCUUUCCAGUUAUACAGAUAAUGGAAUAGUGGUUGCAACUGCAGAAGACUUGAUGCAAAACUUUAAAAAUCUCGUCGGGUAUCACAACCUACUCACAGAAGAAACCGUGCCAGUGCCUGGUGUUAAUGAGAAUCUUGAGCCACAGUCAGCUCUUUUAGAAAACGAUGAUCAAAAGGAUGAAGAGGAUAUGUCUCUGGAUUCAGGGGAUGAAAUCUCACAGAUAGAAGUAUGCAGCAAUGUUCAUUCAGAAAUAUUGGCGAAAGAGACCAAAGGAUCAAGUGGAACAGAUCAAAAAGAGAAUAUUGAAAUUGAGUUGCACUCAUCUCUUGACGUGCAAAAAAGUUUAUUAGAAGAUACGACUUAUCAAAUCGAUUCUGAAGAAAGAGCUUCUACUGAUAUAGUAUGCUCUGGAGGAGAAAACAGCAAUUCAGCUGAACAAGAUUCAUUCAGCAACUUCCAGGUUUAUUACAGUCAAUUAAACAUGUCCCAUCAAUUUAGUCAUUUAAAUGUUCUCACCCAUCAGACAUUUUUGGGGACAUCAUAUGCCCUUUCAUCAAGUCAGUCUCAAGAAAGUCAGAAUAACUUUUUAUCUUCUUAUACUCGAAGCUCGGAUAGAGAGAAAUCUCCAUCUCCAUUAAGUUGGGGGAAAAAGUGAUUCUUCAGGCCAAUUUCAAAAGUGAGAUAAUUAUAGUAAUUUUUUAAAUGUUACAGACUUUACUUCCUGAAAGUGAAUUAACAGUUUAUAUUCAGUGUGGACAGAAGGUUUCUUGUCCUUCCUCAUUUCCCUCCUCACCCUUAUUUAAAUCAUGAUGGCCUGUAACAGUUGACACUUCUGAAAAUUGAAAUAAAUAUAUAUAUAUUUUUAACAUAUAUAUAUUGUACUUGAAUUAUCUCAUGUUGGCACUUUUAAAUGUUACAUUUAUUUAUAUGUCUGUCACCUGUACUGUGGCUUCAAACUGAAGCCUAAUUAUACAUAAAACUAGAUGGUAAAGAGCAGUGGCUUUACUUUUUAUUCCUGUCAGGUGAUAAAGUACUUUUGCUAAAAUGAUGUAUCAAACUAUUGUGUUUAUUUUGUUUUACGCUUUUGUAUGGUGUUUUUUUAUACAUGUAUAAGCCAGUGAUGUUAAUAUUUACAGAAAUUUUGCUUAGUACCUACAAUUUAGCUAACAAUGCAAGUUAGAUGAUAAACUAUGUACAUAAAACUUAAUACCAAGCAGCAUUAUUUUUUAUUAGGCUUAACCAUGUAAAAACUGCCUAUUGCUAAAAAUUUAGUCAGUUUUUUGGGUGCGUUUUUGAUAAUUUUGAUUUUCAGUACUUUUGUGGUUCUUAACAAAAUUCAAUUUCUUUUUUUGUUUCUUGUUUUUGGGUCACACCCGGCGAUGCACAGGAGUUACUCCUGGCUUUUGCACUCAGGAAUUACUCCUGGCGGUGCUGGGGGAACCAUAUGGGUUGCUGGGACUCGAACCCGGGUCAGCCGCAUGCAAGGCAAACGCCCUACCCACUGUACUAUCACUCCAGCCCCCACAAAAUUCAAUUUCAUGUUUUAAAAAGUCGGAUUGGAACAACUUUGCUGUACAUUUUUUAAUUGGUAAGAAGCCUUAGAAAAUGAGAGUGACUUUUAGGGUACGCUUAAGUGCCAAAGUUCUAUAUUAAGUGUAUGAUGAAGAUAACUGCCUCUCUAUGUAGAUGUAAAUUUGUUCCCGAAAAGUGAGUAAAACAGGAUUUAGAAAAUAGAAAAUUCUUCAUCUAAAUUGAAUCUGGAUUAUUUUAGUAAAAGUAGGAUGUUAAACUGGACUUCUAAAUUGUUUUAUAAUAAAAAGCAAAACCUUU